UCCACAGGAAGCAGGACUGGACUUAUAACUACACAACAGGCAGCAAAAAACGACUUCAGGCUGGGCAACGAUACGCUACCACGGAGAAGAAAACUCCAUCCGCCCCGGGGGAAAGUCGAGAAGGAGGGGAGGCCCUGCGACACCGGAGCUACCAUGGUGGGUGAACGCCGCAACGGCAACCUGCUGGUUCAGCUGGGACCGAAGCUCCAGGCUUACCCAGAGGAGCUCAUCCGUCAGAGGAGGACCCUCGAUGGCCAGAUGGAGUACCUGAUCCGCUGGAGCCUGCUGGCUGUGGAGGACAGCAGCAGCUCAGGCGGCAGCAAUGAGGCGAGCGGCGGCAGCAGCUCGGGCGGAGGAGGCUCUAGUGGCUCCACCUCUGGAGAGAGUAAGAGCGAGAGCAUCCUCAUGUGGAUGUCCACCGAAGACGUGUACGCUAACUGCCCCACUCUGCUUGGCAAGCGCAAGGCUGACUCCCAGAGGCCUCAGCUGGAGGAAGAGGAGCGGCCCAGCGGACAGUUCCCCGCAGAUGUCACCUUUGACGAGGGAGAGCUGCUGGAUAUGAAAGACGACGUGAAGAAUCUGGUGUGCCGUGCCCAGAAGCAGAUGGCUAAGAACAGCGACUUCGGGAUAAGCAUCACGCACACCAUCCACGUGCUGAGCGCCUACGCCAGUAUCGGCUCGCUGGUGGGGGUCUUCAAGGAGACGGGCGCUCUCGACCUGCUCAUGGAGCUGCUCUGUAAUAAAGAGCGACAGACCAGACGCAGCGCUGGAAAGAUGCUGCGAGCCCUGGCUUCUCAUGAUGCGGGGAGUCGUGCCUAUGUGCUGCUGUCCCUCAGCCAGCAGGAUGGCAUCGAGCAGCACAUGGACUUUGACAACCGCUACACCCUGCUGGAGCUUUUUGCAGAGACCACCUCCUCUGAGGAGCACGGCAUCUCCUUUGAGGGCAUCCAUCUUCCACAGAUUCCAGGCAAGCUGCUUUUCUCUCUGGUGAAGCGUUACUUGUGCGUCACUUCAUUGAUGGACAAGCUGACCACCGCCGGGGUAGAGUCCACCUCUGAGCGGCAGGAUGUCGGCCCCUCCUCCUCCACAGCAGCCUACCAAUCAGAGCACGCUCGUGUGCAGCGGGAGUUUGAGUUCACCAUGGCCAUGGCCAACCUCAUCUCUGAGCUGGUGCGUGUCAUGGGCUGGGACCGCAACCGGCAGCUGCCCCACAGCUCUGGGAGCCCAAGCAGAUCGGCUGAGGAAAUGAAUAAUGAAGUCCAGAAACACCCCGUCCGCUCCAUCUUUCAGCCUCGCUUCUCCGCUUCGUCUCCCCUCAUGGUUGCUACAGCAAUAGCUGCGGUCACCCCACCAAAGAAGAAGAAAACGACAAAUGGAUUCAAGACACGUUCUGACUUCACGUCUCGUUCAGCUUAUGUGGAGUUUGUGCAGGAUAACCUGAAGAGUGGCAUGGUGGUGCGUAUGCUGGAGGACUAUGAGGAGGUCAGCGCUGGGGAUGAGGGAGAGUUUCGCUACAGUAACGACGGCUCGCCGCCGGUGCAGGUGUACUGGAACUCCCUGUCCAGGACCUACUGGGUGCACUGGCACAUGAUUGAAAUCCUGGGCAACGGCAGCGGAGGACCGGCUGAGAAGGAGACCCAGGAGAAGGCCUCCUCCCUCACAGAGACACUCAAACUCACUACAGGUAAGACCACAUUCAUGAAGAGCUCUCCCAGAAAACCGCAUGAUCGUGUUUGUGUGUCCAUCACUUUAAAUGAAACCAACUGUUCUGUGUUGUGUUCUGUGUUGGUGAAUGUGGCAGUGAGUCAGACGUUCUUCUCGAAGCCCCCCGGUGGGCUGUACACAUUGCCUUACCUGAUGGAGGGCUCUCAGGAUGACGCAGGCACCCUGAGCCGUGCUGAAUGGUGGGAAGUGCUCUUUUUCAUCAAGAAGUUAGAGCCCAAGCAGCAGCAGGAGAUCUACAACAUCCUGCGACAGAGCCUCGAUGAGCCGAUGGUGGAGCUUGACGAGCCGACUCUCAUCCAGCUGUCCCUCUCCAGUGAGGUGGCGAGGAAAGUCCUCCACUACCUGAAACUGAAUCUGCAGGCGUCUUGUCUGGGCGACCUGCUCUGCUCCCACACUUUCACCAAACACUACCUGAACUGUGGAGGUGCCGGACUCGAGGAUGAGGAAAUGCUGAUGGACAGCUCGCUCGGAGGACAAGGAGCUUCAUCUUCGUCAUCGCUGUCCUCAGCCACAGCAUCAUCCUCUUCCUCAGCCUCUUCCUGCACCAUGGGCUCUGUGUCCAAGAAAGCUAAGAAAGAGAUCCCAGCAGACACGAGUGGCUGUGGCAGCGAGACCGAGAGUGAACUUCCCACUGAAGACGACACAAAGUAUCCUGAUGACCUGGAGGAGAAGAUGAAAGUGUUCAACAGUCCCAAGGUGCAGGGUAAGAAGAGCUCCCUAGAGAAGAUGGGUGAGGUGGUGGACAUCAUGACGAAGAGUAGCUCCGACUCAGGACUGCAGCUGGCCGGCAUGAAAGUCAUCAGUAAGAUCCUGGAGGAGGAGGUACCUCAGGAGAGGAGCACCCUAAGAUCGGACUCGGCACAAACCAUCCGUGACAAAGUUUUAAAGAUGUUGGUGGAGAUGAUUGGCAGUCAGCCCAAGCAGAACGCUGUCACUGCGCUGCUGCUGACCCGCAGUCUAAUGCUGAAAUACGAGUGGAGGGUCUCGUUCGCCACCGAGGGGGGUGUUAAAGCCAUCCUGUGCUGCAUGCAGGAGUAUCCUACCUGUAUACAGGUGCAGCAGAUUGCACUGGCGGCUCUGAAGGUCAUCACAGGUGCCAGUAAACAUGACCCUCGCAGUGUGGGUGGCUGUCUGCCUCUUUCUGAGUCUGGCACUCAGAUGAUGCUGGAGAUUUUCGCGAGCAUAGGCUCUGCUACACCUGAAGGCUCCAAAGGGCUCCUGUGUGCCAUCCCUUCUGCCAUUGAACUCAUGCUCAGCACGGCAGGUCGCGGGCUGUCCGUGCGGAACGGGCUGCUGGUCAUCAUCAUGCUGAUUUCCAGCCACAAGAGCCUGGCAGAGCAGCUAGUCGCCUGCAAUGUCAGUGCCACGCUAAAGAAGUGCCUUUCUGCUCAGAAUCAGCACAGCAUGCUGGCUAUUAUCGCCCUCAACAACAUCUCCAUGGUUCACAAACUGGAGAAAAAAGAGUCUCAAGAUGAGCAUGACUUUAAGGACACUGAGCUGAAGAUGUUGGUGGUAAGUCUGAAGGAAAUGCCAGCCACUAAAGAGGUUAUACAGACGCUGGAGCAGCUGCUAUGUGACGACGCCACCCAGCUGGAGGAAGAGAGAAACGAGGUAACUCGCAGCAGAGACACCUUCCAGGACCUCAUCCGCCUCAUGGACCAGCACAGAGCGGAUCGGGCUGCACAGCUGUCCAUCCUGAGGAUUUUGAACAAGUUUUUAGAUAACUACCAGGAGGAUCUGCUGCCGUGGCAUGAGAGCAUUGAGCCUUGCCUGUCAUCUAUGACAGCCUUUGUCAGUGACAGAGAGGUCGUACAGCAGUUCAUCCGCUUCUUAUAUCGUCUUGCAUCUCUGAAUAAAGACUAUGCUGUUGUGAUGUGUCGGCUGGGCACCAAAGAGGCUCUUCUCAAAGCCCUGGACAAACACAGCACCAGCCUGCUCAUGGUCACAGAGCUGCGGGACCUGAUCAACGACUGUGAGAAGUACGCCAGCCUCUACAAGAAAAUGACCACCAGUGUGCUGGCAGGAUGUAUACAGAUGGUCCUCGGUCAGAUUGAAGAGCAUCGGCGCAGCCAUCAGCCCAUCAAUAUUCCCUUCUUUGAUGUGUUCCUGCGCAACUUGUGCCAAGGCUCCAGUGUGGAACUGAAAGAGGACAAAUGCUGGGAGAAGGUGGAGGUCUCCUCCAAUCACCAUCGAGCUAACAAGCUGACAGACAAAAACCCCAAAACCUACUGGGAAUCCAACGGCUGCACAGGCUCGCAUUUUAUCAACAUUUACAUGCAUAAAGGAGUGAUCAUCAGGCAGUUGACUGUGCUUGUAGCCAGCGAGGACUCGAGUUACAUGCCAGCUCGUAUUGUAGUCCUAGGAGGAGAAGAUCCCACAAACAUCAAUACUGAACUCAACACUGUAAAUGUGGCACCCUCCGCCAGCCAUGUGGUUUUGCUGGAGAAUACGACCCGCUUCUGGCCCAUCAUUCAGAUCCGAGUCAAAAGAUGUCAGCAGGGUGGCAUUGACACACGAGUGCACGGGUUUGAGGUUCUGGGGCCGAAGCCCACGUUCUGGCCGGUGUUUAAGGAGCAGCUGUGCUGCCGCACUUAUCUCUUUUAUACGACAAAAGCUCACACCUGGUGCCAGGAGAUCCUGGAGGACAAGAACCAGCUGCUGCAGCUCUUUAACAAGUUAAACAGUGCCCUGAAACAUGAGCAGAUGUUUGCUGACCGUUUCCUGCCUGAUGCUGAGGCCGCAGAGGCUUUAGGCCGGACCUGCUGGGAAGCCCUCAUCACCCCCAUCGUACAGAGCAUCACUAUCUCAGAGACUUCUGCUCUCAGCCCUCUGUCUUGGUUGAUGAAUGAUUAUUUGGAGAAGGCCGAUUCCUCCAAGAGGUGUAAGAGCUCAGCCUCCAUCUUCAACUCUCGUGUGCGGCGUCUCACUCAUUUGCUCGUCCAUGUGGACACCAGCACAGUUGAUACAGAAGAGCUGAAACCUCCCAUCAAAUCCAAAGGUAUCAACAGAAGCAGAGAUUUGAAGAAUGGGAAAGAGGGAAAGAAUAAGGAAAUGACUGUAGUAAGCUCAUCAUCAUCCUCUAGUAAACCGAAGGUCAAGAAUGCUAGCAGCAUUGCAGGCAUCGCUUUGUGCUGGCAAGGUGUCGUUCAGGGACAGGUGAAGACUUUCCUAGAUUCGACAUGCAGCCUCCCUGACUUCGUAGAGCGUUACAGGGCUCUGUUCCUCCGGCUGAAGAACGCCAUGGAGGAACUCUUCGGCCAGCACACUGCCUUUGUGCUUGCGCUCCGUCAGGGCUUUUCUGCCGCCUUGCUCCAGCUCUCCAUCCUGACCGCCAUGCAUGUGAGUGAGCGUUUUGCACAGUACAUAGACAAGAUGAUCCAGGAAAGUGGAGGGGACUCUGGAAAUGUGGACACGUUGAACCAGCUCCAGCACUUCCUGGAGCCCAUGCUGUUCCUCUCCGGACUGGAGCUGGCCAACACCUUCGAGCACUUUUACAGGUACUAUCUGGGUGAUCGGCUGUUGGGUCAGGGGAAGAUGUGGUUAGAGAGCGCUGUGGUGGAGCAGAUCGGUACCUGCUUCCCAAACCGCUUUCCCCAGCAGAUGCUGACCAACCUCAGUGAAUCUGAGGAGCUCCAGCAGGAGUUUCAUCUUUACCGUCUACAGCAGCUGGACACAAAUCUGGAAAACUUUGAGGAGAUGACGGAUGAGGAAGUGUCUGAACCCGAGGAAGAGAGUGACGUGAAAGUGUUGGUGUUGUCCCCACGCUGUUGGGUUGUGUCAGCUCCCUGCUACCUGGAGGAGCCCAGCAAACACCUCCCUGCUCAACUCUGCAAUUACCUGGCUGAAUUCACAGAGUUUUACGCCAACAGUCAGCGCAUGUAUGGUUUGACCCACAGUAAGCCUCGGCGGCUGCAGUGGACAUGGCUCGGCCACGCUGAGCUUCAGUAUGGCUCCUGUACUCUCUACGUCUCCACACUGCAGAUGUACAUCCUGCUACAGUUCAACAAACAUGAGGAUGUGAGUGCGGAGAUGCUGCAGCAGGCCACAGGUCUCUCUCCUGCCAUGCUGAGCCAUGCCCUCAAGCCUCUGACGGGAGAGAUGGGGAUCCUCACUCACACCGGCUCCGGACAGGACCCCAUGAAAGGGGUCCUGGGACUGAACCAGAAGACCCUCUCGCAGAGCUCAGACAGACACGGUUACCAUUUCCUGCUUCCCAAGCAGACCUACCUGAAUGUGGAUGAAGAUGCUGCGCUCACACUGGAGAGGAAGAGGAACUACAUCUACUGUCUCGUUGUGCAGAUCAUGAAGAACGAGAAAGAGAUGCACAUUGACAAUUUAGUGUUCAAGGUAUUGGACAGUUGUCAGAAGCAGGAGGUGAGUCGGACUCACGCCUCGGUUCGCUUCAGCUGCAGCACUACAGACGUGCUGUCCUGCAUCAUGCACGUCAUCAACAAAGGCUACCUCCGCCGCAACGAGGAAAGCCCACACAUCGUGGAGUUCUUGAUGGAGGACCCGUCCACACCCCGAAAGGGCCAGGCGCAGUUCUCCUUUAAGAUGGAUGCGAAAAAAAGCUCUGCAAGCAGCAGCAAAGCCGACACCAGCCAGGGAGGCCUUAUAGUUCCCCCUCAGCACCUAGAGGACGGCGUGCUGGAGGCCGUGCUGUUCUCCAUGGGUCGCACAAUGACUCAAGAGGAGGUCAAGCAGCUGAUGCAGCGCACCGUCCAGCAGGUGGCGGGGACCCUGAGCCUGGAUCUGGACCGGGCCGAGCACCUGCUCAUGCACUGCAAAUGGAACGUGGACCUGUUGAUCCAGCGAUACACUGAUGACCCAGACGCCCUGGUCCUGGCUGCCGGUCUCAAGAUCCGAAACCCUCAGCCGGCCCCGGGCCCCGUGGCCCAAUGUCCCGUGUGCCUAUCCCAGUCAAAAGAGAGUGACCCCCCUCCCAUGCUAAGCUGCAUGCAUUACUGCUGCAGGUCCUGCUGGCAGGAGUACCUCACUGCUCGUAUCGAACAGAACCUGGUCAUGAGCUGUGACUGUCCCAUCACAGACUGUCGGGCUCAGCCAACCUCCAAGUUCUUUCACAACAUCCUCACUGAUAAGGACACCAUUGCCAAAUAUGACAGCGCUCUGCUGCGAGGCUUUGUGGAGUGCUGCUCCAACCUGACCUGGUGUACCAACCCUCAGGGCUGUGACCAGGUCCUGUGCAAGGAGAACAUCGGUAGCAUGGGCACCUGCUCCAAGUGCUGCUGGUCCUCCUGUUUCAGCUGUAACUUCCCAGAGGCGCACUACCCAGCCAGCUGCAGUCACAUGUCUCAGUGGAUGGAUGAUGGAGGCUAUUACGAGGGAAUGAGUAUGGAAGCACAGAGUAAACAUCUGGCCAAACUUAUAUCCAAACGAUGCCCCAGCUGCCAGGCCCAGAUUGAGAAGAACGAGGGUUGCUUGCAUAUGACGUGCGCCAAGUGUAAUCAUGGAUUUUGCUGGAGGUGCCUGAAGCCGUGGAAGCCAACACAUAAAGAUUAUUACAACUGCUCAGCCAUGGUCAGCAAAGCUGCAAGGCAAGAGAAGAAGUUCCAAGACUACAAUGAGAGAUGCACAUUUCAUAACCAAGCCAAGGACUUUGCAAUCAAUCUGGAAAACAAGGUGUUUUCUAUAAAUGAAGCUUUACAGAUGAAGUCUUUGACAUUUGUGAUCGACGCUUGCAAGAUUCUUGCCCAAGCUCGAAAGGUGCUGGCGUACUCCUGUGUUUACAGCUAUUACAACCAGGACACUGAGAAGAUGGAUGUGAUGGAGCAACAGACAGAAGCUCUGGACCUUCAUACUAAUGCCCUGCAGAUCCUGCUUGAGGAGACGCUGCUGCAGUGCACUGAUCUUGCAUCCUGUGUCCGACUCCUAAAACCUGAACACCUAAACACUGGCCUGGAGCUCAUUCGCCGGAUUCAGGAGCGUCUUGUGGCCAUCCUCCAGCACUCCACUCAGGACUUCCGUGUGGGAUAUCAGUCCAAGACUGGGCCAGACCAGGAGACCGCACAGGCUUCAAAUCUGGCGAACCACACAGACGCCAACAAAGAGUCCAAAUCUGAUGGAGGCUCUGAGUCUGGAGACUCUGACAACAACAACUACGCCGGCGAGGACCCUGGUGAUGAAGCAGAGGAGGAUGACGAGUAUGACGAUGAAUACGUUCCAGAAUGGCACGAGGAUUACGAUGAGGAAGACAUAGAUGACGAUGACUUUUUCUCUGAUGAUGAUGAAUCUGAAAACUUGGAGAGGGACUUCAGCCCUUUCGACUAAAUUACCCUGAGACUGAUACACAAUGCUUAUGCGAUGUCUACCAGUGUAAGAGUAGACACUACAAAUACCACACCCAUACAAGAAAGAAAUGAAUCCAUUUCUAUAAAUCCAGAGUUUGGAGUAAGUUUCUCUGUUACGUGCUCUUUGCUUUGCACUUAGCACCUACUUUGAGCCCAAGCGUAAAUUAGUUGUUACACCAAAAGUGGAAUUUCACAUCUAUUUAGGUUAAUGCUAGUGUUUCUUUAACUUACGAAAUUGUAACUUCGUUCAUGGCUGAUGAGGGUACUUUAAGUUCAGUGAAGGAUCUUAAUUGUUACAUUUGUAGAGGUAUUAUCUUUUUGAAACUGUUUAUAGUUUUGUUAUUAACAACUUACAUUUUUGGUCAAAAAUUAAAAAAGGAAGGGAUGCGUAAACAUUAA